AUGCGCACACCGACACCCGAGCCUGAGCCUGUUGUCAAGAAGCGCACUAAGACAGAAAGGCCCGAGAAGAAACCGCUUGCGAGGCCGCCACGAUCAGAACGAGAUGCGACACCACCAAAGCUCGUUGCAGCGCAACCACCGCCCGAUUUGCAUGGUCUUGGCGAGGGCAAGCACUUAACGGCGAUGCAGCGAAAAAUGGCAUCUAAGCUGUCGGGAGCGAGAUUUCGCUGGAUCAAUGAGAAGUUGUAUACGAGUACCGGUGCAGAUGCACUGGCGCUCAUCUCGGAGCAGCCAGAUAUGUUUGAAGCGUACCAUGCUGGAUUCAGAGAGCAAGUCAAAGAUUGGCCAUCCAACCCUGUGGACGUGUAUAAAGGACGAUUAGAGGCACUGCUCAACGAGGGCAAACGCCAUGUUGUCGCAGAUCUGGGAUGUGGUGAGGCCAAGAUCUCUGAGCGCAUUAGACAACUCGACCCAAAGGGCAAAGUUGUUCAAGUCCGCUCAUUCGACUUACUCGCAGCCAACGAUCGCAUUGAAGCAUGUGACAUUGCGCAUCUACCACUCAAGAAUGGAACUGUGGACAUUGCCAUCUUUUGUCUGGCUCUCAUGGGCACUGACUUUGUGCGUUUCUUGCAAGAAGCACAUCGUGUACUGAAGCCGGGUGGUCAGCUAUGGGUUGCAGAAAUCAAGAGUCGCUUCAAUGAUCGCGAUGGCAAAGCAUUUAUUGAGACGUUGAGUAAGCUCGGCUUUACAUUGACGCAACGCGAUGAUAAGAACAAGAUGUUUAUUAGCCUUGACUUUUCGCGUGGGAAGGACAAGAAGCCAACUGAGAUUGCAGUCUCGAGCAAGGUGGGAAGUCUGCUCAAGCCGUGUACCUACAAGAAGAGGUGA